AUGGAGAGACCGGGCAGGGUCAACAUUCCUUCCGGAGCCCCGAGCAUUCGGGACUGGUACGUCGAGUGGGUCGGGGUCGCGACCCAGAUAUGCCACCACCUCGGCAUCGGGACAAGCAACGGAAUCCCCUCCUUCCCCGGAGAGCAGCCGCGGAUGGUCGGGCUGGCGGGGCCCGGCGGAGCGGGGAAGUCGACCGUCGCCUCGAUGGUUGUCACCCAGGUGGACGUGCAGGCGUUCUUCCGCGGCAGGGUGCUCUGGCUCUCGGUGGGGAAGGGAGCCAAGGACCGCCUGCCGGCGCUUAUGUUCGAGCUCGCGAACAGGGUGCGGGAGACGGUGCUGCAGAAGAUGGCCAGGCGGCCCCGGGAGGCGACCGUCGGCAUCAUCCGAGGACGGGGCGGCCUUCAUCCGCGAGGAGGCGGGCAAGGGCGACACGCGCUUCCUGGUGGUAGCCGACGACGUCUGGGACGCGGAGGUGCUGGGGGAGCUCAGGAGAGCCGGGGCGUGGGUCAUCUACACCACCCGCAAGACCGAACUGUUCCCGGGAACCCCGGCGAUAAGGCUGGAGGAGGUCCUGGAGGAGGAGGCGGAGAUGAUGCUUCGGCGGGCGGACGACCUUGGCGAGCAAGCCCGCCUCCCCCCGGCGGCGUACGAGCUGAUGAAGCGGUCGCCUUGAUCCUGCUGUACGGGGACGACUUCUCCGAGAGCGCCCUGAAGGCGGCGGAGGCCGUCCUGGGCACCCUCGAACGCCUGUCGAUCCACGUGGACUUCGUCCUCGACCGCCCCCUGGCAAAGCACUACACGCGGGACACGGCGCUGCCCCGGUGGCGACGUUACAUCUCGAGCGUGAGGGCCCUCAACACCUACUCGAGCGCCUGGCUCGACAAGGUCUGGGAGAAACUCUCGAAGGUCGAGGGGGAGGGCUUUGUCCGUAGCCCGUACAACGCGGCGCUGAACGCGAUAAUGGACGACUCGGAAGGCGAGCUCCUGGAGGCCCUCCGGAGGGCCGCGGAGUUUCACUUCUGCCGGGAGGACUGGUCGGAGGCCUUCGACAAGUACUCCAACCUGUUGCUGAUCAAGGAGCAGACCGCCGGCCCCCACCACCCCGACGUGGCGAAAAUCCUGCACAACCUGGGGAUGUGCGCUUGCGAGGUCGGGCGAGAAAAGGAGACCGAGGGGUAUCUCCGACGGGCCCUGACGAUCCAGGAGGAAAAGCUAGCCCCCGACGACCCACACAUCACGAGCACCCUGCACUCCCUCGGGGUGUACACCCGUAAAUCCGGGAAGGUCGAGGAGGCCGAGGGCUUCAUCCGGCGAGCCCUUGACAUCAGGAAGGGGAAGCUUUGCACCGACCCGCUGAUCUUGGGGCGCACGCUGCACUCCCUCGGCGUCGGCGCCUACGAUGCGGUGCGGCUGGAGGAGGCCGAGGAUCUGCUCCUGCGAGCGCUGGCCACGAGGGAAGGGGUGCUGGGCAGCGUGCACCUGGAAGUGGCGGACACGCUGCACGUCCUGGGCGGGUGCGCGUUGGAGGCCGGGCGGAUGGAGGACGCCGAAAAGCUGUACCUGCGAGCGCUCGUCAUCAGGGAGGAGAAGCUUGGAAGGGACCACCCGGACGUCUCGCGAACCCUCCGGAACCUCGGGAUAUGCUCCGUGCACAAGGCGAGGCUGUCGGAAGAGACUGCCGGGGUGGUUCGUCGAACGCUUGCGAUUGUGUAG